AUGGUUUAUCAUAUUACCAGGAGGGCUCUUGAUCAUAAGACCAGAAAGGAUUGCGACCCAAACGAUUUAGCGGGGCCCAGUGGUCUUUCCGAAGGAAAUACUGCACCUCCACAGGAUGACUUUGAUUGGAUAAAUAAUUUUGAUCUUGAGUUAUUCGGUGAUUUUGCCAUUGAAAAUCAUUUUGAUAGAGAUUUAUUCGAAAAUUUCAAUUCUGAGCUCUUUGAUAUUCAAUGUAGUGGUGGUGAAAAUGUGAUGCGUGAUCGUAAGGCUUUGGAAAAUGUUGAAGAGUUUAAUCUAGAUGUGCUAGAUCAACAGAAGGAUCAACAAAAUGGCUGCAAAGAAGAGAUUGAAAAUCUAUCGCCGGCCUUAAGGACAACACGCCGAUCACGCCAGAGACUUCCACGUUUCAAACUCGACACACAUGUGAUGGAGUUUGCAAUCAACCCUUUACCUGAAGGUCGUGACCCUGCCGAACGGGUUGAAGGAGCUUUUCGUGAUGUCUAUAAUAAAAUUAUUGAGGCCGGAGGGCGUGGUAUGAAUCGAAUGUGCCUUACAUUCAAUUUUGCAAAUAUGCAAAGAGGCACUGCCUGGGUAAGUCCACGUGCGAUCAAAGGAUAUGAGUUUCAAGAUUUAAGGAAUCUUGUUAGCCCUAUCGGGAAGAGCGCAAACGGUUUCGGAUGUGCCGAUACGUCUCCCCUCAAACUUCACGUCGCUGAAGCCCCGGUAGGUCAAGGUUUUCUUGAAAACGACAUGAAAAAAGGGGUUAGUAGAAAAUGUAUUCUUCACAUUUCGAAUGAAGAUGGCUUGUGUCUAGCCCGAUCACCUGUUGUGGCCAAAGCACAUGCCAAAAAAUCGAAAACCAAAGCGGAUAAAGGCAAGAUAGACAAGGUAUGGCAAGCCAUACGGGAAUGCAAGGGAAGAAUGCAACGUGAGGAGGCCAAAAGACUGACUCAAAUGGCAUGAGUCAUAGCUCCUGACGAGGGCUGUGGUCUACAGGAAGUUGCUCAAUAUCAAAGAUACUUGGCUGAAGAAGGAUGCCUUAUCAAGGUUUAUUCCCUCAUGAGAAACGGAAAAGAUCACCCUGUACUCUACGAUGGUACACCUGAAUUGACUAGAAGAAAGAUGCCCUUCUGAUAUACCUUAUUGAUUGUGUAUUAUCCAGAAGAUAAUCACUAUGAGCCAAUCCAAAAUUUACCUUCAUUCCUUGAUGUGAAAUAUCAUUGCGAGCAUUGUAACAAACUUUACACUACGGAAGGACAUGUAUGUGAUAAGACUUGUGAUAGUUGUUUGAAGAAUCCUCCGUGCGACUCUACGAUUGUUGAUAAAAGAGUGUGUGACGAUUGUGAUCGAGAGUUUCACUGCCGAUCGUGCUUCGAACAACAUAACAAAGCAGGAUCUUUCAGUGGAAAUAAUCCCACCGUCUGUGACCACAUAAAAUUGUGUAGACAAUGUAAUACGAAAAUUAAUCAUCGCAAAACUCAGAAUCAUGUGUCAUAAAUAUUAUUGCAACGUAUGUCAAAAGGACGACGAUAUUCAUCAUCUCUGCUAUAUGCCUUGUGACGAGGCAAUCUAACCUUAAAGGUUAUUUUGACACCCCCCUCCGCACGCCCCCUAUUCAAUUAAUAUAUUUAUUCCUUCGUUUGCUCACCGUUGGAGAACCCCUUCCUAUACAAGUCCUUCCCCCUCCCCCGAUCCCCUACUCACCGCGCUCGGACAGCGCGACAACCAUCAGAGAAAUCACCACCGGAGGAAAAGAUGACGUAGGUCGUCCCCCUCCUUCCCGCGGUCCGCUACUCGCCACGCUCGCUCACGAGGAAGAAGUGGAUGACGUAGCGCGCCCCCCUCGACGUAGGCGCUUGGUCGCCGCAUGAACUCAGGACAAUGGGCGCACACGCACGUUGCGUAGUGCGUCUCCCCGCCACCCCUCGGCCCCCGAAGAUGCCCACAAGCAUCGAUCGGUGGGUCAGGGGGAUGCGGAUGUGUCGUCCCCGGAAAUGGACGAAUCUAGGCCGAGGACACCCGAAUACUUCGAGGAGAUCCUCAAGUGGCUAAUUGAUCGCCACUUGUCGUUCAGCUAUCGCUAAGAUCGUUACGCCGUUCAAUAAUAAUUCGGAAGAUCAAUCGGAAAAAUAGUGAAGUGGCCCAGGAUCUCCCGAGUUUGAAGAGAGGCUCAUCCUUGGACCAGGAUCAACCCGUUGUCCCUCAGGAAGCGGCUCGAGACCCCGCGCAUCCGAGAAAGGAGGACAAAACCCCCCGGAAAUUGGAAAAUUGACAUCAUCCGAGUGAGUACCCUUUCUUUCCCCUCAUUACCCAGCGGCACCAUUUUCCACAGUUAUAUUUCCUGGAACCCCUCCAACGGUGGUAAUUAAUAUUGUUCUUUCUUCUGAUCAUCAAUAUUAUCAUUGUUAUUAUUUGAAUUAUUAUUAUUGGUACCCUCAAUUCUCCCCUUUUUUCUAGAAUGUAGAGCCACCCCCUUUUCUUUGUCUUAUAUAAAAGUGGUCCGACAAGCGACCUGCCUGCCCCCGCGCCCCUGAGAAUUCCCAGAAACAGGCAUUAUUCUCAAUAAUUAUACUUUCGA